AUGGCGGUCACCUCGAAAUUGGUCGGUUUGUGUACAUAUAUAUUAUUGUUAUAAUAUGCGGCCGACUUAAAUAAUAUUAAUUGAUUGACAUCGAAUUUUAGGUAUAGGUACAUCACAUCGACCGUUGUAAAAUCCCUUUUCGUGGAACUUCCACGAAUAACUUUAUGUAUGCGUGACGUCCGAUGACGACGAGAACAGGAAUUUCGUGGUGUAUAGGACUUCUAGUUUCUAUACUCGUUAUUUUAUUUAUAGAUAAUAUAAUAUCAUAAAAAAAGACGUGUUUUUUUUUCGGUACCUAUAUAAAAUCGUGAAAAUGAAUUAUAGUGUACUAUUGAAGGCAAUGACUCGAUAAUGGAGUCAGACACGUGACCUUAGAGUAAAAACGUUAUAUUAUCUUCGUUAUUGUUACGUCUAUUUUUUUUCUUUUACACAUUUCAUAUAGUAAAUUUGUUUGUCAUAUUUUGAUCUUGGGAUAUUGUGGUUUCUAUAUAUUUAAAUUUUAAGUGCAAAUUUAACGAAACAGAUAAAUUAGGUAGCGAUUUAAAAUUAUACAGUCAUUAUUUACUAUUUCAUAAUAUAAAUUAUAGUCAUAUUAUAUUUAAUUCAAUAAUCAUAAAUGUUUAGAAUAAUUUUAAUCUAAUAAAAAAAAUGUAUGGUAUAAUACUUAUGACACGUAGUAAUAUGGAAAAGUACUGUUUUUAAUACUAUCAAGUGUGAUAACAUUAAAUCAUAUAUAAUAUAUUAAUAUACAAUAAUAUUAGUUUUCAAAGUGAAAAAGUUUUGUAAACAGAAUUUAGGCUCGAACAGUAUUUUCUUUCUUAGUUUACUACACAGACUUAUUAAAAUAAAGUCAAUAAUACAUUUAAGUCACUACCAGACUAAAAUUGUACAUAUAACUACUUUUAAAUUUUUGAAUACAUGACGCGUGUACGGGUGCCUAAAUUCGUGCAGGCCAACUGCACUUUUUACCCAAAAAUUUGGGUCUUGUAAGAAUGAGAAUCGCUAAGCACUUACAUAUGUAAUAAUUAUGUGACUCGAGAUUAAAAUUUACCAAAUUAUCAAUUAGUUUCAUUUGAGUAUACCACCGUUUUAAUGUGUACAUAUUUCCAUUUAAAGGUAAUACAUAAUGAUAAUAAUAAUUAUGUUCAUAAUAGAACUGUUUAUGAAGUCGAAAAAAAAAACAAUCACACAGGUGGUAACGACCUAUUAUAAUAUUAUACGAAUUAUUAAUAAAACUAUCACGUUGACGAUCUGAGUAGGUUAUACUCAGUAAUUAUUAUCGUGGUGCCAUUGAAUAUACAAUUAUUACACACAAAUAAAUAUUUAUAUACAUAUAUAUAUAUAUAUAUAUAUAUAUAUUAUAUUUUACUAACGAGAAAAAGUCUUAUUGCUACUUAUAUAGAUUAUUUGAUAAUAAUUCGUGUACGCUGUUGUAUUACUGUACGUAACAGAAAAUUCAUGAUAAUGAUUCAAUAGCGGAGUACAAUUAUAUAGUAGUAGGUAGUGACAUAGUCAUGAUUUUGAAUUGAAGAGGUGGGCUAUUACGUUUUGAUUGAGACAAUAUGGGCGAAGAAACUAUCAUUACUUUUGUAAUACGCUUUUACUGCGAACGCACGCUGUUCACUCGACCAAUGUUUCAUGUUUACCAAAUUCCUGGUAUUUAAAAGCAAUAAGAACAGUCUAAAAGUCUCUACCACUAGCCAUGCCCAUCAGUUCUUGAUAAAAUUGUUGGGUUUGACUGCCGCACCCUGGAAAUUAAAAUUAUUGUAAUUUAGUAAAUUUUAACAUAAUAAACUAACAAAUUUAAAUUAUCCGCAAAGCCCAUUGAAGUAUACAAACUCACUAGAUUCAUAAAUUAAAUUUACUAUGUUUUAUUAAAUUUGUAAGUUUUAUGUAUGUUAAUGAAUUUCAUCUGAUACUAAUUCAUAAAUUAACAUAUUAUUCAUAAAUGUGGAUUUAAAAUAGAUAAAACUGAUUUAAUAGGUUUUAAUAUUUACAUUUGUUUUUUAGUACAAGAAAGCUAUUAAUUUUACGAAAAAUAAUUAUAUAUUAUUUAUAAUAUAAUAUUUUUUUAAACUGGAAAACAUUUUAUGGACAGUAAAAUUACUAAAACGUACUAAAACUAAAACCACUUCAUAGAUCCGUAAAAAUAUAAACUAAAUAUUUUCUCUGCAUGAGUUAUAAUUUUUUUUCGCAAUGGUGCACUAAAAGAUAACCCCUUAUUUGCAUUAUUUCGAAAAGUAUUAAUAUUUUUCCAAAUUUUUCUUUUUGGAAAUUUAAAAUUUAAAAUAUAAAUGGUUGAUUAUGAACAUUAAUACAAUUCAUGUAAUUUUAAAUUUUUCAUAGAUUUUUUUGUAUGCCGUUAAAACGUUAAAACUAUAAGCUUUUUUCAAACAUAGUAACACAAAGUAAUUUGUAUAUUUUCAUUCGAAAAUGUAUAUUAAAAUAAAAUCUAUUUUUUUAAUAAUUUUUUUUUUGCCGUUUACCUUGUGUUGUCAUUUUUAGGACUUUAUAAUAUGAUACAAUUAUGUUAUAAAUAAUAAUAUUAUAGGGCCCGCAGUAUACUAAUUUCUUGUUUUUGAUUAUUUUAAAAUUUGUUCGCUUUUUAUUGCUCUUCCUUUGCCAUACUACCGCUUAACGACAGUGUAACCUAAUAAACAACUAUUCAAUUUUUGUUCUUUUUUAAUUUAUUUAGACGAUGAUUUUUCAACAUUUGCUACGCCGUUAAUGGCUAUGCACGUGCUGUUCGUUGCGAUCGUUGGCGUGGUAGCAAAUCUAUGCGUGUUCCUCGCUUUGUCAAUGGGCCACAAGGUGUCCAACAACCUGUUGCUAUUAAACUUGUGCGUCGCCGACUGUAUGGUGUGCAUAAUCAGCGGACCGUUGACGAUACUGUCUUGGGAAUGGCCAGUAUUAUCCUCGUAUACCAUCAUUAACGCGUUGCAGGUAAUUUUUUUUUAAGUUACAGUUUAAGAACUUAUUAAGUGUGUGGCAAUCAAUGUAGUAGUCGGGUUGCGACUAUAUAAUUAAUUUUAAGUAGUGAUUUAAGUCACACGCUGUGUAUAAAAUGAUGUAUUUUGUAUGAUUGUACAUUUUGAAUCACUGUUUAUUAUUAUACCUGAGGGAAUUGUUAUUUUUUUUUUCUGAAACCGAUAGUAUUAGUUUUCAUAACAAGAUAUUAUACAAAACCAUUACAGAUACUAUUAUCCAAGUGCCAACAAACUAUUUAUAAUAUUACGUAGUAAAAUAUUAUUUAUUGUUCAGCGAUAAAAUAAAUAUAUUUAAUGCAACAGUCUCCCAUGUAAUUAUUAUAUAUAAAUGUUUUCGGAAGCGACAUAAUUGUGGUCGCAGGGAUAUUUUGCGCGAGUUCAUUCAGCGACAAAUCGAUGGUAAUUAUAUUAUAAAACAAUAGAUUUAGUCAUUAUCACUAAAUUGCAAUUGAUUUGUAUGAUAAUAUAAGUUAUUUAUUAUCGAUUGAACUCGUAAGGCAAAAUAACUGUAUUACUUCAGGGUCCUACUCGUGGGAUUUUUUUUUACAACUUGUUAAUAAUCAUUGAUAAAAGAUUAUUAAUAUAAUUUAUAUAUAAGUUUUAUCAAUUCUUAAUAAAUAAUUUAAUCAGUAUUAUAUUUUUUAUAAAGGCACUUGCGUACCUAACCUGCGUACAACCUGUGUUUUGCUCAAAAGCUAGUUUAGACGAAUAACUUUAAUUUCUCGUAGUGAUCAGAUUUAGAAUUAUUUUUUGUUCUUGGAAAGAGAAGAACUUUCCCCGGGGCACAUUCGACGUUGAUUUUUGAUUAUGUGACCAGAAAUAAUAACAAAAAAAAAAACGUAAAAAUUGACCAUAUUUAAACUUUAAUUAUAGUAUUUAAAGACAUAAUUUUCAAAAUCCCAGUCAAAUACGUCCAGUAAAGAAGAUUUAUUUUCGCGACAAAAAAAAAGAAAAGAAGAUCGGAAUCUGUUUACCCUAAGAGGUAUAAAAGUUUUAUCUGAUCGAGCGCAGGCCACUUUAGUGUAUAUCAAACAAUUUUAUAAUAUCAUGCUUAUUCAAGGUUUCUAUCUCGUAUAAUUAUAACAAUGCGCUACUGCAGCUAUAUUAACAAAAUGUUUAAGAAUUAUUCGUUGAAAACAUUUUGUGAAUACAUAUUUAUUCUAUAUAUAUAUAUUAUAUUAUUGCUUACGUUCGUUUUAUUUUACUGUUACUAUUACCCGUUCGUAUAAUACUGUAGUAUAUUAUACUGUUGCAGCUGCAGUAUUAUAUUAUGGUUUAUGGUCACAUCCUCGUCGCUGUUUCCCCGUCGGACAUAUCUCCGUCGCCGUUUCCCCAUCCGAUUAAUUUCCCCGUUUUUUUAUUUUUAUUUUUGUUUUUAGUUUGUAGAUAAAUUAUAUUACAUUAUUAAUUUAGACAAUUACUUGGAAUACAGUGCUGUAUGCUACAGGUCUAUAUCAUAAUAUUAUACAUUUUAGCGACUUACCGAUUCAAAUAUUUACUAGGACUAAAAAAAAUCAGGAUUAAAAAGUUAUAAAGUUUUUGUCGAAGAUGACUAUAUUUGUAUACCAAUCGAGUACGCAUUGUAGUAUUGUUGAAAUAUUAUUAUCACUGUUCUCAAACGAGUUCGUCCAUGUGAAAAUGUGGACCCAUACGAAAGUUGUUUUAGAAAUUGUGUAGGUAAUGAAAACAAUAUCACGAAAAACAUACACAUUUUAAUAUGAAAAAAAAAACAAAAAGGAAAAUACUUUUUAAUAUCUUGUGGGCAAACAAAUCCGUCUAUACGAUUCUACGAUCGUCGUAGAAUAUCAAAGACCGUUAAUUCGAGUUUUUCCGGACUUACAUGUACAUAAAUGAAUUACACGCGUAUGCCCUUUUUAAAGAAACAAAAAUAAGAUAUAAACAACCACUACCUAUAUUAUACUAAUAUUACUUUUAGAGCAGGAUGGCUAGAUUAGAAGAAAAAUAUUCUAAUACCGGACAAAAAUAG